AUGGUGGAGGUUGUCGGCCCUCUGUCUGCUCGUCCGCCCACUCCACCUAGGACAGGUUCUCGUAUACUAUCUGAGAAAGAUCGAACAGAAGAUUCUCCUAUCGUCGUACAAACUCCCGUCGAUUCUCCUUUCGCCGCGGACAGUUCCGUCGGUGCUCCGUCUACUCGACAAUCCAAGCGGGUGAACUUCUCGCCAUGGACCAAGUACAUCAAACCUCCGUCCUUUACAAAUUCUGCUCUCAGGUUGAAGUCAGAACUCAAGGAGCUGCCCCCUUCGAAUGAAUGCAAACCGACAAAGUCGAUUCUGAAGACGACAAAUGCGCAUCCUCCGAUCGACACAACCGACGCCGCACCGUGCACUCCCGAAUCCUUCGCCAUGCUGCUCGAGUCGAUCACACAACAAUUGGCUGGGGAGUCGAUAAGUUCGAGACUGGAUGCGUAUAUGCAGUUCUUUGGGGCCCUGAGGGCUUACGAAGGGCUUCCUAGUGAGCAAGAAAUCGGGCAGAAACUUGGGCUCAUUACCCAGUUCAUCCAACGGGAUCUUAGCACAGAUCUUGGAGACGGGGUGCCUCUAGGCACGAAUCUUGUCAUUCAAGCUCUCAAGUUAGCCGCUGCGCUCUCAUGGAACAUCGAGAUAGCUGCGCACCUCCCAGACGAAUUCAAGGUCUUCCUUGUGGAGCACUCCAUCAAUGCCCUUGAAAGCGCGAAAGCGCCCAAAUCGGUCUUGACACAUUAUAUGUCCAUACUGUCCACACAAAACUUCCAUUCAAAAAUCAUGACAAACGCGCGGAUCAUCCGUCUACUUACCGUACUCGAAGACAUUACCAGCCGCGUGAAUGGAAAUGCAAUAGUCUUUCAGCGUCUAAGCAUUUAUCAGCGCCUUCUUACUCAGUCCAAGUCGACUUUUGUUUCCCAGUCAGGCCUCUGGGUAGAGCAUUUGUUAUCCGGUCUCCUUCAUCACGUCAAAGAUACAAGGAUUAAAGCCAUCUCUUUGGGCUUUCAAACCUCGAUGAUUUGCGGUCCGAAUCCCAAUUUGUCGAAAAGUAUUCGUGACUUAUUCGAUCGUCCUUUGGACAAUGGCAGAAAACUAGUAUCGGAAAUAUGCGAGCGAAUGUCAAGGAUGAUGGCAAACGUCGAAAGUGGCGUACAUGUGCCCCAGGUUUGGAGCAUCAUUGUCUUGCUUUUGAGAAGCAAAAGGCUCAGUAUCGACCAAUGGGAACAUUUUAAAGAAUGGGUCCUUAUGCUGCAGAGGUGCUUCAACUGCAGUGAAUCAUCCAUCAAAGCUCAGGCUAUUCUUGGCUGGAACCGAUUUGUCUACGUCGUCAGCCCCAGCGACACGACAAGUCGGUCAAUGCUGAGAAUGCUAAGCAAACCCAUCAUGUCUCAGUUCGAGCGGAAGAAGCAAGAACGACAUGGAUCACAGCCCGGACAAUUAGCUUUGUGCAGCUACCACAACCUAUUAUACUAUGCAUUUCGUCCGUCUGCAACGCUCCAACACCUCGAUAUUGUCUGGGAAGAGUACGUUGCUGGCCCCUCGAACGUAUUUGCCUCAUUCCCUCACUUGAACGAUCGAUUCUGUCACGUUCUUUCCAACCUACUUUGGAGCCCACAAGCCAAGAUAUGGACCGAGAACAAAGUCAACGAGAGCACGAAACUCGAACCUGAGGAGCUGCCUUCCAUCGACUGCAGAUGGGUGAGGUCAAGAAUCACGAUUAUCCUGAAUGUCUUCGAAGCCAUCUUCAGAACUUCCCUUUGGGCUGACGAUGUGGAUAAAUCGAAUAUCGCUGCUGCGUGGGUCAGCCUGUCUCAGGCUUUGUCCUAUGCCUCAAGUAAAGAGAUCACGCCAUCCGCAGAAUCCAUGCAAGCUGUUGCCAGCGUGCUUGGACUUCUCCAACGGCUUUGGAAUGCCGGUCCUUCCUCGCUAAACGCUCUUGGUGACGACUCGAUGGAUGUUUUCUUUGGCCGUUUUCGGUUCCUGUCCACUACCAUGAUCUUUUCUCUAGGAGGCAUCCCAUUUACCGAGAAACUUCUUCUGAAGACAACCAAUGAUACUUUCCAGGCUGCUAAUACGCCGACGCAUCAUCCUUUGCGGGCAAACACUAACCUGGACAGCCCAAUCCUACAUCUUCUCCGAUUCAUAAGUGACGUGACUGGGGUCCCUGAACCUACACCCUCUUACUCGCGUCUGGUUGAUGGUACGCUUGAGGCUGCUUGCAAAGGUAGAAUAUCCCGAGGCUCCCGUCUGGAGCUCCUUCAGCAAUGCGCGCGGCUGUAUCCGAAUGAUGCCGAUUUUGAUUUUGGCGUCCAAAACUUUGCUCAAAUCGUGUGGAAUUCAACUGCGCAGCUGGCUGCGGAGUCUCUAAGGUCUUUCCCGCUUGAAUCUGCGCGCGAACGAGAUGGAUCCGUGAUUCGUGAUUAUGAAAAUGUUGUCAAGAUCCUCUCUACAGGGCUCAAGUUUUCCACUGUUUUCCCAGCAUGGAAUCAGCUUCUUGAUGCCUUAGUACGUGUCAUGAGAACCGAGAAAGGGGACCGGGCCAUUGCAUCAAUGACUUUGGAACCUUUAGCUGAAUGCAUGAUGACAAUUGAUGCUCGGAACACGUAUCUUCCACUGUCGUCACUCUUCACCCAGUCACUAUCCAUCCCAUACUGCCAUCAGAGUGAUUCGGGCACGAAGGAAGGCGAGGCCAUUACAAGCGGUUCCAAAGAAGACGUAUUCUUUCCACAUCGAUUGGUACAGUUGGUGGAUCGCACACUCCAAGAAUCUUACUCAACAUUCGAUCCAUCGAAGACCAGUGGUGUCGCGGAUUUUAUAGAGUCUUUGACAUCCUUUUUAGGCUCCGGUAUCUUGGCUUUUCGACGGAAAUUACUUGAAAAUUUCCAAGGAUCCCUUGCGCUUUGGCUCAGAGAUGAGGCACGCAAACUCAAUAUCGAGAGUGGCGUUGAAAGCAGGAUUCUUACAGCUUGCCGUGCUUUGUCGUCAGCUGUCAUCAAUAUUUUGCAAAGUUCUUCCCCCCAUGACGCCUCGUGUCUUCAUAGAUUCGAAUUCAUUAUCGGUGCGGGGCUCGAAUCCUCUCAUACAUCAAUUGCAAAGAGAUUCUUAGAAUUCUGGAAUUCUACAUUUGGAUCGCAGGAGACCCUGAAGUAUCCUGAGGUCAUAUCUUGUGCCCUGGCGAAACUGCACGAGCUCCAAUCUGUGCAUCGAGCUGGUAAUACACAGGGCGGCGUACGCACCAAUUCCGUCUCACCAGAGGGUUCACGUGAACCAGUAGAUAUGUCAAUCAAGUCUCGCAUUUCGUAUAUCCUAGAUGACACAUUCGAACAUUCUCGUUCCCCCAGUUUCCAUUCGUCGCCUGUCACGAAUGAACGAGAGAUUACGGCCUUGCCGUUGAGUCGAAAUCCCGAUGUCAUCAGACGGCAGCCCGCGCCGCCCUUCAAGGACAGACAUGUCGGAUCUACUGUCGGGAUUGAGUCGGACCCUUUCACAACAGGCAGUAAAGACUGUACCAAGCCCAACGACGUGUUCUCUAUAAUAGACAGCAUUCGUUCGUCUUCGCCUCCUGUGCAAACUCCGAGAGAACUGGGAUUUAUGACCCCGCCGCACGCGCGUCAACUAAGCAACCCAGCCAUGAGUACACAUUCUCCUCGGACGCCUACGUUUCCAGCAGUUGCAGUCGAGAACGAGGAUGGCUUCUUCGGCUCUUCCCCUACCCCUGGCACCAGAGGCAGGACGCAGGUGGUCGGCUCAACUAUUCCCUCAUCGCUAGCCGCUGAGGUGAUGGAUUCUCGUAUGGAUAUCGAUCCCCCCUCCUCGCCUCCAGGUAUACGGUGUCUCAGUCCGAACUCACGCAAUAAAACAGCCCCUUCAGAUCUCCCUCAAAUGCCUUCAGACGCAGAGAAAGAGAAUAUCCGUGCAGUUCCGACUCAAGAGAAGACGACGGUCAAUAAUUUCACAUCCGAGUAUACUGGUCUCGGGAAAGGGAAGCACGGUGAGCCUGGUCAAUCGGAAAAGCAUCUUAAGCGCCGUCUUCGUUCUUCUACGGGCAAACAGCAGAUCGCAGAUGCGCCUGCCGUUUUAGAACCUGCAACACCUAUAGGACGUCAGGAAACAGAGUCUGUACCAGAACCCCUUGACAAUGGCAAGGCGGGGUUCUUAGGAAGCGUCCACAUCGCCGAGUCUGCGCCCAAGAUAGGCCAAGAGAUCAUGGAAGGCAAUGUGAAUCAAGAGGAAACACACACAAAGCCGGACUGCAUUGCAGACUCGUUCAGUGAUGAUAUGGAGACCCAGGUAGCGUCUCAACUAGAACAAGACUUGGAGUCUGCGGGGAAUAUGAACGAGGAGCCUAAAAGCGAAGCACCUUCAGAACCUCCUAAACAACAACCAACAAGAAAAAGGAAACGGGACGCUAAGGAAGCUGAUGCAGGUGAAACACCUUCUACUCGAGAGCGGCGUCGAUCUUCGAGGCUGUCAUCGACGAAGACACCAUCUGCUGUCGAAGUCCAAGAAUCCAUGAGCACUCGUGUCUCGAGAUCCAUGACCACUGCAUCAUCGCAGAACCUCAAGUCUUCGCCCGCUGAGUCUGUUGCAAAGAGACGCAAACGUCAGUCCAAGGGUGAGAGGGGUAUCCCAGCCGCCGUCAUUUCGGAAGCCUUGGAACCGGCAAAGGAGCAAGGUACAUCGCAAGAACAUAUUGCAUCAAGCCACGACCCAGUUGAUGUCUCGGGGAACACCGAGAUUUCACCUCAAAAACGGAGAUCGUCCCGUCUAGGAGGUCAUGCAGCACCCGCCAUCGCGGAAGAAAGUCCUUCUCGGAGGCAAUCACCACGUACUGCGCGCUCCCGGAAACAGGCCAAGAACAAAGAGCUUCUUUCGGAAAGCUCUUCUCUUAGAAAGGUAGAGGCCAGUGCAAGCGAUUCUGUGACGGAAACACCUGCAGCAGAAAUUUCUGACCAGAAUCUGACUCGUACCCGGGAGUUGACCCAGGAAACAUCUGUUCACGGUAGCAACCUUCCAGAAACGAUUACACCUGACGCAUCAGUACAGCCAAGCACUAGCGGCUCUGGUGAUACCGAGUUGGUCGAAACAGAGUCGGCGGCCGAGCCAGAGCCGACAGACGAUCCUGCUCAAGUCGACGCCGCUCAGACAGACGCUGAUGUUAAUGAUCAUGCUCCCGAGGACAAAAUCAUGAUUUCCCAUUCCGCCCAGACAGGUACCUUGGUCGGCCAAGAAGGCGUAAUAUCCUCUUUACGAAGGGUACUUGAUGAUGUCAAAUCAACCACCCUGAAUCUAUCUGCCCUGAAAGAGAUCGACGACCUCCUAUUCGAUAUCCGGGUGGAAAUGCACGAAGCACUGAGAAGACAUGCAGGGUAA